AACACUUAGGCCACAAUGGCCUUCCAAAGACAGCAAGAAAUUGUUAUAAUUUCAUCUUUGUUUUUUUGAAUCAAUUUUUUCUUUUGUCCCCCUUAAAAAAACCUCAUUUUUAAUACGACAGCCUUUUUUCGAUUCUUCUAUGCAUUACCUCUUACACAACUAAGAAUGAUUGAUUAGAAAAUCUUUAUUUCGAUUCAAAUAGGGGGACAAAACCAAAAAAAAUUAUUUAUUAAAAUUAAAAAAAAUAUAUUAAAAAAACUUUAUUCAAUAUGUUUCUUAAAACAAUUCGUAAAUUUCAUGUCCUACUUUUUGUUGUAAUAAUCGUGUUUUCUACCACAUUUUCCACAAUACUAGCAGAUUCAUCAAUUAUUCAAGGAAGGCCAAGGCGACUUCAGAAUGUAAUAAAGCACGAUAUUAUCCGGUAUAAAGGGAUAUCCCACAAGGCCAAGUUAAGGUUGUCAACAGUCCAUUCAAGGAAGUUGACCUAUGAAGAAGAUAUUCCUAUAGAAGAACGAGAAGCGCCAUUGAAGAGCACCAUACAAGGUUCGGUUAAAUUACCAAUGUAUGCGGCAGCAGACUAUGAAAUGGGUGAAUAUGUGGUGGAUAUCGACGUCGGAAACCCUCCAACAAAAUUGCGCUUAGUCGUUGAUACUGGUAGUGACCUUACAUGGGUUAAGUGCAAGAAAGGCAAUCGUCGAUACUUUUCUGAUAACGAAGCUCUUAAUGUUGAUAAGUCUUUAACCUAUAAACCUAUCUCUUGCGAGUCUGCUUUGUGUAAAGAAGAAUUUACUUCUCUUUCGUCUCUUGACAUUUGUCCCAAUGUCAACGCUCCAUGCCUAUAUAAUUACAGUUACGGCGAUAAUGGUUUAUGGACAUAUGGCAUGUUCGGGAAGGACAUAACAACCCUUCCCACCACCACUGGUAAACCUGUAAAGCUACCGAAGUUGUUGAUUGGAUGCUCUGAAUCAUUUACAGACAAGGACACAAUGAAGCAUGCAGAUGGUGUACUUGGAUUAGGAAUCAACCCCUAUGCCUUUUCACUCCACGCAGUGGUCCAGUUUGGAGGAUCUUUCUCAUAUUGCCUCGUUGACCACCUUAGCCCCACAAAUGUCACUAAUUAUCUUAUCUUUGGAGAUUAUAAAGAAAAAGCACCAACACAAGAGUUCAUGCGGUAUACUGCCCUACUUGUUAGCGACUCAGCUCCUUACUAUUGGCUCAAUGUGAAGGGAAUCAGCUUAAACCAUCGAAUGCUUAAUAUAGAUCCUAUUGUGUGGGAUCGUGAUGCAGAUGGUGGUACCAUCCUUGACUCAGGUACUGCUGCCACAUACUGGGCUGAACCUACCUAUCGAGCCAUCAUGGAUGUGUUAGUCCCAGCUCUUGAAAAGGAUCACCCAAAGAUUGAACAAUAUCGAGGAGAUGGGAAGCUAGACUUCGAGUAUUGCUUUAACUCCACUGCUACACCAUUUAAUCCAAAACAAGUACCAAGGUUGGAGAUCCAUUUUAUGGAUGGGGCAAGGUUCAAACCACUUGUAAAGAGUUAUAUUGUGGAUGACGGCCCAGAUAUUAGUUGUAUAGGAUUUCUUGAGGCACCUACAGGUUUAAACGUUAUUGGUAAUAUCAUGCAACAAAAUUAUUUGUGGGAGUUCGAUCUUCACCAACAUACUAUAGGCUUUGUUUCUUCAACUUGUGAUUGAAGUUUUGUGAGUUCAUCCCCCCCCCCCCCCCCCACAUUUUUAUAUGUAAUUCACUCAUAAUUCUUUAUUGGCUAUGUUACCCAUUGAUCACAUUAUAUUCCCAUUACUACUACUACUAAAAUAAGCCAUUACGACACCUAGAUUAUUACGUAGUAGUAGGAUCAACAAUAGUACAAUAACAAGUCAUCCAAGCUGCAAUCUUCAUUCACACUAGAUAAUGUGGACAUUUGACAUUAUUUUAAAGCAUUUCAUUAUUAACAACCCUUAGGGGGAUAUCAAAUAAGCACUAUAUCUAUUAGAAUUCAAACAUCAAUAAAAAUUAUGAUAU